AUGCAGAGACUAUUAUCAUCGCAAGAGACGCAGCCUAAAGCCUCUCCGACAACGAUAAGGACCGCCUAUAUCCGCACGAUACUGGACAGCGAAGUAAAGUACUAUGAGCACGACUGGAGCAACUUGACGACCUGGCUUUGGUUCUGGGUUGGUCAAGAGGUCCCGAAGGAUCCCUUUCAGAACGAUGAUCGCGGGCAAAGUCAAUCUCCUCCAGACAUUCAUCACCAUUACAUUUUACUGCACCGCAAUGCCGCAGAUGCCUUCGUGUUGGAAUGGCUACUGAGAAACUCUGAGCCAGAGGGCUGGAGGCUUGCCCGGGACAAUUUUACGGUCUACCUAUCGCGGAGACAAAUGAAUGAGCCGGCAAACAAGCUAUUACUUCAUCACCUUGGAAGUAUGAGGGUUGCAUUGCCACAAUCCACCGAAUACGCCUCAGGUGACAUCUGCGACACUGCCAUGUUUUCUAAGAGCGAUUACGUUCUCGAGACAUCCCUUGUGCGAGGCGCAGGCUGCGCAACGACAUUUGACACACUUUUCCGGAACUCAAUGCGCCAUGGUUGCCCUCAGCAGUACCGAACUGAGGAGAAGAGUAGCGCCUAUUACGCAAAUAGGCUAAAAGGCAGGAUGGGUCAUACACAGCGAUAUUGCGGAUAUCCCCAUGGUAAAAGUGAGGCGUGGAAGCAAGAGCACGAGAAGGAAUGGAAGAGCUAUAAGUGUCCAUCAUGCGGAAAGCGAUGUAAGCGAAGCAAGGGAUGCAAAUCAACGGGGGAGUUUUGGACAAAGGAUGAGGGCACCUGGGUUGAUAUAGCUGUGGCAUCUGCUGCGAGGCCACCAGAGUUCGAGAAAGAGUGGAGAGCACUGAGCGUUGAAGAUGUCAUUAACAAUCACGGCCUGGACGCAACAGUGGCAGAGAGGUUAAAGCAUUGGAAAUGGAGGUCCAUAGAUACCUUCUCAGGGGAUAAAUAA